AUGGCCCUCAGACAUGGGCCUUCCAAGGCCCGUGCGUGCUUGCUGCAGGGAAAUAGAGUAAACCAGAAGCGUAGUUUUGAAGAGAGACAGGUUACCUACUGUCACCAGCCUCUGUUGUUUACACACUGCAAGAGCCUGGAGAGGAAGCAGGGAGGGGGAGGGGGUCGGAAAAGAUGUCCGUGGAGGCAGCUCUGGCAGAGGCGAGGCCAGGAUGGGGAGCGCAGUGCCCAGACCUUCGCCGGCUUGGAGGAAAGGCCCAAAGAGCUGUCGAUGCCUGCCGCCCGCUUUACAGAUGGGGAGAGUUACCCCUUCCCUACUGCUCCUCCUGUGGAUCCAUUUGCCAAAAUCAAAGUGGACGACUGUGGAAAAACUAAGGGAUGCUUUAGAUAUGGCAAACCAGGCUGUAAUGCAGAGACCUGUGACUACUUCCUCAGCUACCGGAUGAUAGGGGCUGAUGUAGAAUUUGAGCUGAGUGCAGACACAGAUGGUUGGGUAGCAGUUGGAUUCUCUUCAGACAAGAAAAUGGGUGGUGAUGAUGUCAUGGCCUGCGUCCAUGAUGACAAUGGCAGGGUCCGCAUACAGCACUUCUAUAAUGUAGGCCAGUGGGCAAAGGAGAUUCAGAGAAACCCUGCCAGAGAUGAAGAAGGAGUUUUUGAGAAUAAUCGCGUCACCUGCAGAUUUAAACGCCCUGUGAAUGUUCCCAGAGAUGAAACAAUUGUUGAUCUGCAUUUGAGUUGGUAUUAUCUGUUUGCUUGGGGUCCAGCCAUUCAGGGCUCUAUCACUCGACAUGAUAUAGACUCACCACCAGCUUCAGAGCGUGUUGUCAGUAUUUACAAGUAUGAAGACAUUUUUAUGCCAUCAGCUGCCUAUCAAACCUUCUCAUCUCCAUUUUGUUUGCUUCUGAUUGUUGCUCUGACCUUCUACCUGUUGAUGGGAACCCCCUAACCACAACUGCAGGGCCAACAGAUUACAUGGAUUGGGAAGUCUUUAGUAUAAAUAUAUUUUUAAAGAAUAUCCAGUAUAAUUUUAGCUUCAAUUAUUUAAGAAAAAAAACCCUCAUAUAAUUUCAGCUUUUUGGAAGAAAGAACAAGCUUCUUUUCUAGUCAAAGAAGAUUGUUUAAUAAUGACCCUAUACUUUUGGAAUGUACUUACACCUUUUCUAAGCACUUUCAAAUAUGUUUUCUUCUUUAACUUCGCAACGUCUGUGAGUUGGAUUGAUGAAAAUUAUGAUUGCCAUCUUCCUGAAUGGGAUUUGAGACCCAAAAAGACUGCCUUUUUAUGAUCCACAUACCAUAUAACUUUGGCUAGAAAUGAAAAAUAGAAAGGCAGAGAAAGAAUUAGGUAUAGAAAUAAUGUCUCAAAACAGUCUUUACUAGGAGUGCCAUAGCACAGAGAGUUAUUUUGAGUAUUACUAGGGAGAACUUUACUGAAUGUCAUAAGUUCACAGUCAGCCUUUUGGGGAGAAGAACUUUCAAAUCUCCGUAAAGCAGAAGUGCUUUGGAUAUU